CAGAAUAUGGAUUUGUUUUGAACUUGCUCAGCUAGUGUUGGAGGAAUAUCGUUUUGAGGAUGUAACGUGUUGACACAGUUUAUGCAUCUGAGAGGUGAAACGCGUACAUAUUUAUUUAGUAAUGACUGUGAGUGUUCUUUGUUUUACGUCUCUGAAAUUGUUCUGAAAUAGUGUGAUUUACGAUCAUCUGUCAACUUCAACCUGCCAUCGCAUUUCAAGUAACGUUACUGUUACUGUUAGCACACUAGCUAGCUAGCUAGCCAGCCAGCCACGCAAUGUCAACAUACCCAUGAUCUCUCGAUAUUCUGUGUCAUAUAAAGACAUAUACAGUAACAACCGAUUGUUACAAAUGACAGGGGAUUCGUGAAACAAUUUCCGACUUAGUUGAGAUCGAAAGGUAGCCUGCUUUCUCGUUGGAGAAAAUGGACUGCGCGGCGCUGGAACUUGAUGCAGUGAAAUUCGCCAAAUCUGCUGUUUUGUUCGACCAGAAGGGAAAGUAUAAUGAAGCAGUGUUCUAUUACAAGGAAGCGGCGCAAGCACUGAUCUACGCUGGCAUGGCGGGAUCUAAACUGGAAAACAUACAGGACAAGGUGAACGAAUACCUGGACAGAGUGCAGGCUCUGCAUAAUGCAGUCCAGGCCCAGAGCAGUGACCCGCUGAAGACGAAGCAGCAGCUGGAUCUGGAGCGGGCCUACUUCCUGGUUACACAGGCCUUCGAGGAGGAUGAGAAGCAGAACAGCGAUGAGGCCAUCGAGCUCUACACUCAGGCGGUGGAGCUCUGUAUCCAAGCGUCAAAUGAGACAUCUGACCAGGCUCUACAGGGCAAACUGAAGCAGCUUGCUCGACAGGCGCUUGACAGAGCAGAGGGGCUGAAAAAUGUUGUAACCAAGGCUGCUGCCCAGGAGAGGGCAGCCUCAGCAGCCCCCAGACCCAGUGGUCAGGUGAGGCAGUUCCUGCCCCUGGGCCCGGACUUCUCCCUCCAUGACCGGGCACAGCCGGUAAGAGCAGCCCAGUCCAGCGACCCACAGGGGCAGCGCUACACCACAGAGGAGAUAGAGGUGCUGAGGAGCACCUCCAAGAUUAACGGGAUGGAAUAUGUUCCAUUUAUGAGUGUGGACUUGAGGGAACGCUUUGCCUUUCCUGUUCCUUUCACGGACAAACGUGGCAAACUGGCUUUGUCACCCAAGCAAUCUGCCAUCUUUUCUCGCUGGGUUCGUCCAGAUGAAAUGUGCAACAAUCCUACCAUGAUAUUCACUGUGUCCAGUUUCAGCAUCAAACAGACGGUCGUGUCUGACUGUUCAUUUGUGGCCUCAUUGGCUAUCAGCGCAGCAUAUGAAAGACGCUUCAACAAGAAACUCAUCACAAGCAUCAUCUACCCUCAGAACAGGAAAGGAGAGCCAGAGUAUAAUCCUUGUGGGAAGUAUAUGGUGAAGCUGCACAUAAAUGGCGUGCCUAGAAAGGUGAUCAUCGAUGACUACCUGCCCGUGGACCGUAAUGGGGAGCUCCUCUGCUCCUACUCCAGCAACAGGAACGAGCUCUGGGUGUCGCUCAUAGAGAAGGCCUACAUGAAGGUCAUGGGAGGAUAUGACUUCCCUGGCUCCAACUCGAACAUUGACCUGCACGCACUCACCGGCUGGAUUCCCGAGCGUAUUGCCAUGCACUCAGACAAUCAGUCCUUCAUCAAGGACGACACAUUUCGCAUGCUGUAUCAGAGGUUUCAUAGAGGUGACGUCCUCAUCACCACGGCAACUGGGGUGAUGACUGAGGAAGAGGGGGACAAGUGGGGGUUAGUGCCCACUCACGCCUACGCUGUUUUAGACAUCAGGGAACACAAGGGAAAGCGGUUCCUGCAACUGAAGAACCCUUGGAGCCACCUCAGGUGGAAAGGCCGUUACAGCGAAAGGGAUGAGAAGAACUGGACCCCUGAUCUCCUCAAGUAUCUCAACUUUGACCCCAAAAUGGCACAGAAGUUUGACAAUGGUGUCUUCUGGAUUAUAUGGGAGGAUCUGUGUCAGUACUAUGAUGUCAUCUACCUAAGCUGGAGCCCUGCACUGUUUAAGGAGUCUUCAUGCAUUCACAGUAGUUGGGAUGCAAAGCAGGGUCCAGUGAAGGAUGCCUACAGCCUAGCCAACAACCCGCAAUACAAACUGGAGGUGCAGUGUCCACAAGGGGGCGCUGCAGUGUGGGUGCUGCUCACCAGACACAUCACAGACAAGGAUGACUUCGCACAGAAUCGGGAGUUCAUCACCUUAGUGGUUUACAAGACAGAUGGAAAGAAGGUGUAUUACCCCGCGGACCCUCCUCCCUAUAUCGAUGGUAUCCGCAUCAACAGCCCACACUACCUGACCAAGAUGAAGCUGACCAGUGCUGGCACUCACACCUUCACACUGGUGGUUUCCCAGUACGAGAAGCAGAACACUAUCAACUACACGCUACGAGUGUACUCAGUGUGCAAGUUUAACUUCUCCAAAAUCCCAACACCCUUCACACACACCAAAAGGAUCAACGGCCAGUGGAAAGGUGUCAGCGCUGGGGGCUGUGGGAACUACAAGGACUCGUACAAGCACAACCCCAUCUACCAGAUUAACAUGGACAAGGCCGCACCGCUGCUCAUAGAGCUCAGAGGGUCCAGGCAGUACAGUGUGGGCUUUGAGGUGCUGACCGUGUCUACUGUCGGAGAGCCAGGACCAGCGGGGUUCCAGCGCAAGAGCAGCGGAGACUACCGGUGUGGCUUCUGUUACCUGGAGCUGGAGCACGUCCCCGCCGGCAUCUAUAACGUCAUCCCCACCACCUUCCUCCCCAAGCAGGAGGGCCCCUUCUUCCUGGACUUCAGCAGCGCCGCGCCUCUCCGCGUGUCCCAGCUGCAGUGAGGAGGACGAGGCUGGGCGAGCAGCCCAAGCUGUGGUCAUGGUGGCCAGUGGAUCCACGGCUGGGUAAUGACAUCUCCAGUGGUCACUUCAAAUGUCCCUUCCUCAUGUGACUGUUAACAAAGGGUUUAUGGCCAUUGACUAAUUUUUACGGACUGGACUUGGGAGACAUGAAGGAGAUUUUGGUGAUUUUGGUUGGUGGGCUGUGGCUGCCUCUUUCAUUGUGACUAUGAUAUGGGCUCGGCUGUCUCAGCAAGUAUGUUUAUAUGAACAGUUGAGAGAUCUUAGGCAUCUUUUGCCCAACCUUGCAACGGACUAUUUAUUCAGUCGUGGCUGCACAGUGCACUCACUCACAGGAAUACACACACACACACACACACACUCUGACAUGGGAAUAUGACUGAAACUGUAUGAGAAAUGCUGAGCAUUUGACCUAAGCAACGGCGAUAUUUAUUCUCAGGAGACUGCAUCCCUCCGACAGGGAUCUCUUAACCGAAUCUUUAAAAUGAUGAUGUCUUCUCGCGGGCCAGAGUCGCGUCAGCGAGCAAGAGAGCUGGACUGACCGCCUGGUGCCUCCUGGGAAGGAUGAGCACUUCCUCUUAAGGGCUCUACUCGUCUCCUUACCGCACUGCACUAGGAGGCAGCCGCACGUCUGCUCUCUGACACGGGAAGGGGAGGCACUUGCUCACAUCCUCAAAAGGCAUCCACGUACUCGUGCAUCCAUGUUCCCCACCCACACACUCAGAUCAUGCAGUCAAAAGCUGCAAUUCCGAUAGAUUGUUGUCCUGCACAAGUCUCCAAGUACAGCCCAUCGCACUUUUCCCAUGAAGGUUUCAGAGGAAUCUAUUGCCAAAAUGAGUAAUUUACUGCAUACAAAGUGAAGUUAUAUGAUAUCAUAUGAUACUGUGUGUCUGCUGCAUUUUUUGCUACAUCAGGACUUUUUAAGACAGCUGUUUUAUGUGAAGGUUCAGCCAUGAGCAUAGUCAGCAAUGCACACUGUACAUCACAAGCUGUUUUUGUCCACAAGGCAAAUAUACAUACAAUUAUA